AUGAUUGAUCCUGAAUACAGAUUCUGGGCGGGUGGAGGCGCAACCAAUCGCAUCAACAACGAAUUCAAUGUUAUGGGUNNUUUUGACCAGCGACGCUAUUACUCAAUCAGUGGUCCGUCAAGUUUUCUUAGGAUGGCAGACGAAGAACGAGAUGGGUGCGAUGCAAUUGAGGUCCUGAAACGCUAUAUGGAUGAACUCGACCCUGCUGUACAUACCCUCACGGUUGGUGCCUCAGGCAACCUUGUCUCAGCAUCCUCGGACCCUGAUGACGAUCGUCAGAUCGCGAUUUUCUAUCCAAGUCUUCUCGAUGCUCCGAGUCUUCAGAAUUGUCGUAUGAUUACGAUGGCCAAGCUGACUGAGCUCGAUCGGCUCAUGCCUGGGGUGGACCUUGUAAGUUACGAAGACGAUGAUGGCACAACAAAGGAGGCGGUCUUCAAGAACACGCCAAUCGUGCAAUACAGAGAGCGCAGUUGGAGAGAGAUUGUCAUGCUGCACAGCUUGCCUACACAUCCCAACAUCAUCCCCCUUGGUCGCAUUGUGGUUGCUGAUACGNNGCACAUUCUGGGCUUCACAGUCCCAUACCUUCCUGCACCCUCACUUGAUCAAGACCAUAAUCAGGUGUUUCGUCUCGACUGGUUACAUCAAUUGACUUCGCUUGUCGACUACAUCAAUCUGGAGCUUCGAAUCGUCAACCAAGACAUAGCACCUAAGAAUCUCAUCUGCCUGGAGCAAGCACCAGAGGGUAGUCAGCUCAGAAUGUUCGACUUUGAGUAUGCGACCGCCAUGGGACUGCCCUGGCACGACGAGAGCCUCAACGAUGUUAAAAGCGUCAUCUUGACUUUGUACGAAAUCAUCACGCUUGACACUUUCUACCGAAAGGUUCCAUCCCCGGAGCAAGAUCCGGAUGUGGUGAUGAAUCUCGAGAACUGGCCACAGCGACGCGAACUGGAUACUGAUGUCGAGAUCUUCCGCCGACACUUGAAAGAGUAG